CCGGAAGUGGCGGCUGGAGCGGGAGCGCUGAGUUGUCGGGCGGCGGGACAGCGGCCCGGAAUAGGGGGCGGGGGCGUUGGUCAUGUUUCCCUUCGGGCCCCACAGCCCGGGCGGGGACGGGGCGGCUGGAGCCGAGGAGCCGCCGCCUCUCGGAGGGCCGGCGGCAGCUUCCAGACCGCCCUCUCCAGCCCCGCGGCCGGCGCCUCCACAGCAAGAAGCUGACGCGGCCCCUCCCCCGCCGGCCGCCCGGAGCCCUCGGCUCCCGGGCGGCCCCGCACUGUCCCCGGACGAGCGCGCCGGAGAGCUCGCGGCCCCCGGAGCUCUGGAGUUGUCCGCUGCCGCCCCGCAGGCCGAGCUGUCACCGUCGUCCUCGCCGCGCAGACGCUCGCGGCCGGACUGCAAGGCGGGCAGCCGGAGCCGGCAGGGCCUCAGCACCGGCCUGGGCGGCCCCGGCGCCAGACUGUUCGGGUGGCUGAGAGAGCGAAGCCUCGGCCGCGGCCUGUUCGUGGACCCGGCGCGGGACAAUUUCCGCACGAUGACAAACCUGUAUGGUUCCAUCCACCCCGCCGACUCCGUGUACCUCAGCACCCGCACCCACGGUGCUGUCUUCAACCUCGAGUACUCGCCGGACGGGUCAGUGCUGACAGUUGCUUGUGAACAGACUGAAGUUCUGCUUUUUGACCCUAUAUCUUCAAAGCACAUAAAAACCCUUUCUGAAGCACAUGAAGACUGUGUGAAUAAUAUCAGAUUUCUUGAUAACCGGCUAUUUGCUACCUGCUCUGAUGAUACCACAAUAGCACUAUGGGAUCUGAGAAAACUGAACACCAAAGUAUGCACUUUACAUGGUCACACUAGCUGGGUGAAGAACAUCGAAUAUGACACUAAUACAAGACUCUUAGUAACGUCAGGAUUUGAUGGAAAUGUCAUUAUUUGGGACACUAACAGGUGCACAGAAGAUGGUUGUCCACAUAAGAAAUUCUUUCAUACACGUUUUCUUAUGCGAAUGAGAUUAACACCAGAUUGUUCCAAAAUGUUGAUCUCAACAUCCUCUGGAUAUCUCUUGAUUUUGCACGAUUUGGACUUAACUAAGUCUUUAGAAGUAGGCAGCUAUCCCAUUUUGAGAGCAAGAAGAACUACUUCAAGUUCAGAUUUGACUACUUCAUCAAGUUCUUCUGGUUCUAGAGUUUCUGGUUCACCUUGUCAUCACAGUGAUUCUAAUUCAUCUGAGAAACACAUGUCACGAGCCUCUCAACGAGAAGGAGUUUCACCACGAAAUAGUCUUGAAGUCUUAACCCCUGAAGUUCCUGGUGAGAGAGAUCGUGGAAACUGCAUCACAUCCUUACAGCUACACCCCAAAGGCUGGGCCACUCUUCUUCGGUGCUCAAGCAACACUGAUGAUCAGGAGUGGACUUGUGUCUAUGAAUUCCAAGAAGGCGCUCCAGUGCGACCUGUUUCACCUCGCUGUUCUCUGCGGUUGACUCAUUAUAUCGAGGAAGCCAACGUAGGCAGGGGCUACAUCAAAGAACUUUGCUUCAGCCCUGACGGACGAAUGAUUUCUUCCCCACAUGGCUACGGGAUUCGCUUGUUGGGAUUUGACAAACAGUGCAGUGAGCUUGUUGACUGUUUACCCAAAGAGGCCAGUCCCCUGCGGGUAAUUCGUUCUCUGUACUCUCAUAAUGAUGUGGUCCUGACAACAAAGUUCUCUCCAACACAUUGUCAGAUUGCCUCAGGGUGCCUUAGCGGACGGGUCUCUUUGUAUCAGCCAAAGUUUUAGGCAGGACUCACAUCGAAUAAGGAACUCUUCUGGUGUUUGGCUUAUAAAUUACUUCAAUUUAGGUGAAGUAUUUUCUUUCUUAUAAGUUUGGGUCAAGAUCUCAAUUCCAAUGGGCCAGUGAACAUAAACACGGCCUGAGUACGUGACCAUCCAGCAUCCCGGCAUCUCCAUCUCCACCGUGCAGCAUCGUUCUGUCAGCAUUCCUUUGCUCCUGUCUGUGCCACUGGCUUGGGUUUUCCUGGUCAUUUUGCAUGUGGCUCUUGUUCUCUCCCCAUCCCUGUUUCUACCGUUCCUCCCUGCCUCCCUUGUUUUUUUUAUUUUGGUAUGAAUUUUGUGGACAUUCUGCAGGAGUCUUGGUUGGGAUGAGAAAACCCGUGGCACUAGUAUUAAAUAAAGCCCAGAAGUUGGAUGUUGGCACACCCAUUGUUGAAAAAGCUUAUCUUCAUUUAUCAGUACACUUGGCCUUUAAAGUUGCUGUCAAAUAUUGAGCACAGAUAAUGACAUUCUCAUAACAGAUACUUUGCAACAAAAUAUCUUUUUAAAGUUUCCUGUUAAAAUUAUACAAGUUAUCUCAUGUGAGAUUUUGUUGUGAAAUUUUAGAAAAACAUUGCAACUUCUCUCUGUAAUUUAUUUUACUUCUAUGAAUUUAAAAUCUCCA